AUGUUCGCCUCGUUCGCCAUUCUCUUCAUCUUUCUCGCUUUUCUCAAUGGAUUUCGCCGUGAUGCCUCGGUGGCGAAUGAGCACUACGAGUCGGUGUGGCAACGGCAGAAUUUCUGGAAGAAACUCGCCGAGAUUGAGGCCAAAUCCGGACGCCCAAAGUUGGCAAUGUCUGGGUACAAGAAUAAACAUCCGGUGGUGGAUGAGAAGAAGGAUUCCAGGGAGGGUGUACGCGAGGAAUACAUGACACUCCGCUAUCGUCUGCCGUCAAUGAUGCGAUUUCGGCGUUGGGAAUGGAUCGUAAUCCGGCUGCUGGGCACGAUCUAUUUCGUGUCGAUCAUUCUCUCCACCGUGUUCUACUAUUCAUUGAGAAUCCAGAACCGUCCACUUUCGACAUAUUGUUGGAUGUGCCAUCUCUCCCUUCGACUCAUCCAACAAAUCCAGUAUCGAGUGGCCAUGUCGAAUGUCACUUGGUGUUCAUCUACCAAUGCAUCCACAUGUCCUGCUGAAUUGUGUGUACUUGAUGCAUCUGCUGAGAUGAUGACCGGUCAACGAAAUAUGACGGCCCUAUUCUUCGACCAAGCCCAUCAUAAUGUCCAUCGAAUGUAUUACAAUGAGACGACACCCAGGGUUGGUUCGCUGUGCAUUGGCUGUAUGUACGUGUUGGCUGCAAUGACGGCUGGCUGGCGUCUUCUCUACAAGGGUGGCAAUCGCAUCUUUGUCAGGGAUCAACGCGGAGAGACUGUCGAAGGGAUCUACAUCGCCUCAGCCCAAGUGACAAUCUUCGCGUGGAUUGUGCUGUUCUUUGCCAUCGCCCAUCUCGGUCUCAUCGUCUAUGUUUUUGCCGGCAAAACCCUGUCCAGCGAGGCGUAUAGUUGCCGAGACCAAUUCGAAGCGGCGAUGCGCUACAGACGAAACGAUGUCUUCUCAUUCUUCAUCCACAACAGAUCCCUCAUCACAAAUCCCUUAUUCUGUCCGGAUGAUGAUGUGGAUGGGGACGAGAUGAUGAAUUGG